AUGGAUGCCAAGACGAGCUAUGCUAUACUAGCGUCUGUCCUUGUCAUGUUCCUUUCCCCUGUGUGGGCUAACAGCGACACCAGCCUCUCUACACAAACCAUAGUGGCUGUUUUGGACAGUGGCCGCAUUGAUCUGGCUGAGGAUGUCAACAAAGGUCUGCAGUAUUACCAUAUGUCCAACCCGGGGGAUGCCCAGUUUGUGUUGAAGACCGUCUACUCCAGAGACUUGGAUUCGUGUGGGGCCUUGGAUGAGGUGUGCGAGUUACUGGAAAAUGGGACCUCCUUGCUGCUCGACCUAUCGUCCCCGCACGUGGCCCCUGUCGUCCGCUCAAUGGCCGCCUAUAUGAGCGUACCUUACGUCUCCGUGCUUGAUGAGUCCUAUUUCUCUCUGGUCCACUGUAAUUCUAGCCUCUCCGUCAGCGCCAUACCCCCUGCCACGAUCAUGCUUAAGUCCAUUGGAGAUAUCGUCACUCACGAAAACUUAACCAACGUGGCAAUUAUUUAUGACAACUCAUUCGACUUACAAAAUGUGCCCCGUCGAGUCCUGACGGACAUCCCCACAGAGCAUAUGUACCUCCGCAUGGCGGAGACAGAUGCAGAACUGGUCAAACAGGUGCAAAGGAUCAAAGAUCUUGAGCUGGCCAACUUUUUCUUGGUUUGUAAUGACACCAACGCCGAGAAGUUUUUGGGCCAGGCUAAUCGGGACGGGUUGGCUGAUAACAAGUACAGCUUCUUUGUUCUCACAAAAAGUUCUCGUGUGUUCUGUUCCAACUGUCGUAAGAAAAUGAAUAUCAUCGUUAUCAGUGGCAAUGCCCAAGGCUCAUUGGAAGCUACUAACAAAUACGUGGAGUUUAUGAAGACAUUCAACCCCAAGUACAGUCGAUAUUUCGUCAAUGUCGAUAAAUCGUUUGUCUUCGAUCUGACCGUCCUCCUGGCAGAGGCUUUCGCUAAUCUUACCAAAUUCACCGAAUUCAACUACACAAACUGCUACACGGCGGACUCUCCUCAACUAGAGGCAGUAGAGCAAACGAUCCAGUACAACAAAGCAGUACGAGAGGCAAGAAGACAAGGGGUUUUUGGGACGUUGGCCAGUGAUGGCCACGUGGUCAAGCAAGAUCUAACAUUGUCUCUCCGACGACAGGUGUUUGAGAAAGGAGAAACACUGAGUCACACUAGGAUUGCCAACUGGACAGAGAUGAACGGUCUUUUGGUUGACAGCGGCAGUUCGAUAACCUUACAGAACGUGAAGAGACAGUACAGAGUCGUGACAGUUCCAACGUCACCACCGUUUGUAAUGAAGACUCUCCUAUCAAACGGGUCUUACACGUAUCAAGGUUAUUGUGUGGAUCUUCUGAAUAAGAUAGCGGAAAAGAUGGGCUUUGACUACGUUAUCUUCGACUCUCCCGACGGACUCUUCGGGAACAUGCACGCCAACGGAACCUGGAAUGGCGUUAUCCGAGAGCUCAUUGACAAAAGAGCAGACAUCGCGAUUGGGCCCCUGUCAGUCAUGGCAGAGCGUGAGAAUGUAAUCGACUUCACGGUGCCGUACUACGACCUGGUGGGAAUCACGAUUCUCAUGAAGAAACCCGCCAUCGAGUACACGCUGUUCAAAUUCAUGACUGUCCUAGACGGCGAUGUCUGGGGAUGCUCUGUGGCUGCUUUCUUCAUCGUCAGCUUCCUGUUGUUUGUAUUUGACAAGUUUAGCCCUUAUAGUUACCAGAACAACAAGCUGACGUGGACUGGGGAAGGCCCGGAGCCGCGCGUGUUCAGUAUCAAGGAAGGCGUCUGGUUCUGUAUGAUGUCAUUAACACCUCAAGGUGGAGGGGAAGCUCCUCGUGCGUUAUCUGGGCGCUUACUUGCUGCCACAUGGUGGUUGUUCGGCUUUAUCAUGAUAGCCAUCUAUACAGCUAAUCUGGCCGCUUUCCUCACCGUCUCUAGGCUGGACACGCCUAUAGAAACCUUGGACGAUUUGGCGAAACAGUUCAAAACGAAAUACGCCCCAAUGGAGGGCUCAGGGUCGCAGGUUUAUUUCCAAAGAAUGGCGGAUAUUGAAAACAGAUUUUACAGCAUCUGGAAAGAGAUGAGCCUGAACGAUAGUCUGAACGCCGUGGAGCGGGCUAAACUGGCCGUAUGGGAUUACCCUGUCAGUGACAAGUUUACCAACAUGUGGGAUUCCAUGAAAACUUCUGAGUUUCCCAAAGACAUUGAGGACGCAAAAUGGAGAGUCAAAAAUGAAGAUUUUGCAUACAUAGGAGACGCCACUUCGAACAAAUACGCCACGUUACAUGACUGCGACUUGUGGGAGGUGGGCGAAGAGUUCAGUCGGAAACCUUAUGCUUUAGCUGUGCAGGAAGGUUCCCCACUCAAAAACGAGAUCUCCAAUGUGAUUCUUCAGCUGUUAAACCAGCGUUAUUUGGAGGAGUUGAAAUCAAGAUGGUGGCAGCACGAGAAGAAGAAUUGCCCGGAAGUGGAAAGUGAAACUGACGGUAUCAGCAUCAAUAACAUAGGGGGCGUCUUCCUCGUUAUCGUCAUCGGCACGGGCCUGGGGCUGCUAACCCUCGCUGUGGAGGUUUACUUAUACAAAUACCGACCGAGUCGCCAGAGGAAGAUGCCCGUGACCAAAUCGCUGGAUCAAGUCAAGACGAACAACAUCCGCAAAAUGUCGUUGACCAUCCCAGACCCGAAACGCGAGGAGAGUGAACUGAAAGGGAUGAACAAAAACAAUAAUAUGUCCUCACCGAAAAUCAUGCCAAGAAUGUCUUACGGAGAGGACAACAGAGGGUUUGAUGAAGUCUCGGAAAAACUCUGAUAUUAAAGACAGAAUCAUUCCAGUAUUCGUACAAACGAACUAAACACAAAUCUAUAUAGUUUUGCGUGGUAAGUUGUUGAAAAGUUGUUUAAAAUCCCACCAAGCAUUUCCAGACUGUCUUCAUGAUGUAGAAUGAGUUGUGCAAGGUGAUCUGUAAGCUUACUUCUAGUCAGUUCCACGGAGCCUGAUAUGCGGCUGGGCAUGCUUGCUAACCACGUGGCGACAGUUGUCAGUUUGUAUUUGGGUAUGUAUAUUUGAUGCCACGGGCAUUGCUUUAAAUUUUGACUGACACUAAUUGUGUUCAUUUUAGCUGUCCAUUUGUUUUAUUCUUUUAUAAUGACAUGAUAUACAUUAUACUAUUAAUGUCCAGUAACGAGCACAUACGAGUACUUUUACAAUAUUUUGUAUUUGUAAGUACGCUUACCUGGAAUUAUUACCUGUUUGGAACAUGUAAGCUGCAUGUAUUGAAAUGUUUCAUGUUGUAGUGGUAGCGUCAUUCUUAAAAUUAUAUAUUUACUCAGCAUUUCAGUCGAAAUUUGUCAUGACCGGUAAGUCUGAAAGUACAUCUAUACAUGAAUGUACAUACAUUAUAGAUAUUUCCAUUAUCAGCACAAGAUGUUAGAUUGCAAUAAGCCUAGAUUGCAAUAGUGCGAUAUACAUGGACGUGUAUAUUGAAAUCGGUCUCGGCUUAUUAAAAUAAACCUCGAAUGAUUUCCGGUGUGAUGUUUUACUCGGUUUUGCUUACAAGAAUGAUUUAUAUGAGUGUUAUGUAUGGAAUCA